UAAAGCUUUUGUAUCUUCUGGUUAAUCAUUAAACUUGAUUAGCACCUUGUGAUUUAAGGUUUAUCAAUCCUGUAAAAGCGGUUCUGGGUCAUUCAUAUGGAGACGUUGAGUGCAUUAGAUGAGUAGUCGCAUGACAUGAGUCACAAGACGAUGAGUAACGACAGAAAACAAAAGCAAAGUUAAAGCCAAACGGGCUGCACACAAGAUUUUCUUAGAUGUGGCCAAGGCUGGCUCCAAACUCAUCUAUCUUAGCGAUCUGAUGGGGUUUUUGAGAUAAGAUGAAGCUGUGAUGACCACAUCUCUUCUGGAAGGAUCACUAGGAGAUGAAAAGUUAGUAAAAAGGGUUUUGAAGACUUUAGGUGGUAAGAACUUAAACCAGAAAUUAAGCCUAAAAUCCAAUGAUCACUUGACUACAAUUUGCUCACACUUGCAUUUUUAUUCAAUUUUUUAGGUUAAUACAUUAAGAGAAUGAAAAGCAAUGCCGAUUUCUCAUUUGUUUAUAUAGUUUUUAUGUUGUGUUUCAUUAAAGAGUAAAAUGCCAUUUUCGUCCUUGAGGUUUGUCAAGUUUCGCGACUAUCGUCCAUAGGUUUGUUUUUCCGCAUCCUUGAUCAAAAAGGUUUGAAAUCUUGCCAUUUUCAUCUGGAUCGUUAACUCCAUCCAAUUUUUCUCCAUUAAGUUAGGGGUAUUUCCAUCUUUUUUUGUUAACUUAAAGGGCAAUUCGGUCAUUUUAAUGUUAUGUACAAGCAUUUAGCAUAACGUACAAGUAUUUGAAAGACCAAAUUGCCCUUUAAGUUAACAAAAAAGAUGAACAUACCCCUGACUUACCGGAGAAAAACGGAUGGAUUUAACAGGCCGGAUGAGAUUGGCAAGAUUUGAAACCUUUUGGAUCCAGAUAUAGAAAAACAAACCUUUGGACGAAAACCGCAAAACUGGCCAAACCUCAGGGACGAAAAUGGCAUUUUACGCUUUAUUAAAUUUCAACCGCUUUUUUUAGGAUUUGUUUGUAAUAGGAGCAAGCAACAGGCCAGAUCUUAUAGAUGCGGCACUUCUAAGGCUUGGUCGGUUUGAUAAGCUACUUUAUGUUGGCGUCACUACAGACCCGUCUUAUAGGGAAAGGGUAUUGAAAGCAUUGGCCCGUAAAUUUAAAUUACACGAUGAAGUAUCUCUUUAUUCAAUAGCCAAGAAAUCUCCACCACCAAUAUCUUCCACCGUGAUUCUCAUCAGAUAUGUUAAUAUGUAGGAUUUGGGGGUUUCCAGCCAGAGGUGCUUCUGAUGAUUCUGAUUCUGGGGGAGUUAUGGACCGUGUCGUUUCUCAGUGAAUUCUCGUGUGGGUUUUGUGGUAUCACUUACCAUAUGCUUGCAGAGAUUGAUGGCCUGAAUGAUUCUUCCCAAGAUUUAUUUAUAAUAGGAGCAAGCAACAGACCAGAUCUAAUAGAUGCAUCACUUCUAAGCCCUGGUCGGUUUGAUAAGCUACUUUAUGUUGGCGUCGCUACAGAUCCGCCUUAUAGAGAAAGGGUAUUGAAAGCAUUGACCCGUAAAUUUAGAGUCAAAGACGUAUCUCUUUAUUCAAUAGCCAAGAAAUGUCCACCAAAGUUUACGGGCGCAGAUAUAUAUGCAUUUUGUGUAGACGUUUGGUUCCAUGCUGCAAAGCGCAAGGUUUUAGCCACCGAUGCAGAUCCAACUAACUUGAAGGAUGACGUUGAUUCUGUGGUUGUGGAAUAUGAAGAUUUUGUUACGACAAGUUUAUGAAUUAAUUUAUCAUCAAUUUAAACAGAUUUCAUAUCAACUUUUUGAGUUGGUUCAUGGGUGACGCAUAUUUCCGAUACAAUAUUAUGUCAUACAAAAUUAGUGUUAUUAAUACUUGGGUUGGAUAAUGAGUCAAAACAUGAUCGAUUUAAACAUGUCAUUUAUGGUACUGGUCAGAACACGCGGGUUGGGUUGGGAUGACCCAAAUCACUUUUGUGUCCCAGUUUUGAACAAUUCAGUAAAGGAAUGAAUGUUCUAACUAUGAUUAACAGACAUUGCCAAUACUACGGAUUCAAUCGGUUCAUACUAUCAUGGAUGUUAUUGAAAAGGUAAGAGCUUCAUUAAUUUUUAGUUUUCUUUUUUGACUUUCUUUAUUAGUCCUGAAGUUUCUUUGUGUCAUUUGUAAAGCGCUUUUAACUCCACAAGCAUUCUCACUCUUUAUGCGAUCAAAAGUUGUCGUCAUAUCAUCCGUGUUUUAUAACAUAGUCUGACAUCAAAAUCGGCAUUAUUUUAGAAAAAUGGCAUUAUAAACAACUAAAAUUUUUAAAGAAAGCAAAAAAAUAUUUUACAACCAGUACAAAAUAGCUCGACCUAUGGGGAGUCGAACUAUCUACUGUAGUAAAAUGUUUCGCCUGAUGUCCCAGCUGUAGAAGCCAAACCUGUCUUGGAACAAGAGGUUUUAGAUGUUCCACCUAUUCCACCAGUUGUUGGUCAACCUGAUGAGUACGAAUUUACAUGGCAUCUCACUUUUCGUUUUCGGUUCCCAAAGGCCUUUGCCACAAAUGUGGAUUUAUCUGUCCUUGAUGAAAUGACAGUUCAAACUGAAGACGGCUUUUCAAUGACUUUGGAGAUGCGGGAAGAAACUGCACAUGGCAGGAUUAGGUAUGCGUUAAGAGGAUGGGAAAACUUUAUGUUGCAAGCUGCUUUGGAGAAUGGAGGUUAGUUCAUGCUUCGUUAUCAUAGGAAUCUCAACAGGUUGCUGAUUGCUAACCCCAACGUUUAGGGAAUGUAUGUUUUGUCGAUAAUAUAUGUAGUGAACAAUUAUGCCGGUAGUAAUCAUGUUUAAAGUUUUUUUGUCGUCGUACAAUGUUUGGACAUAAUUGGCGAUUAUUAUGUCUCUACCAUGUAUUUUGUGUGACACCAUUUUGGAACAUUUAUAAGUAUAUAGUUAUGGUAGUGCUGAGAUUAA